CGAACUUGAUACACAAGUCUUCUUAUAAACAUUCGAACAUAUAAAUAGCUAAAGCCUCUUCUCAUUUUCUUCUCUUCCUCUUUCUUUCUCUCAUUCAUUCAAUUUCAAGCUUCGUUUUCUGCGGUUUUGAAAGAAACAACUGUAGCUGAAAAUUCAGGUGGUGUAAUUAAUACUCUAAACUCAGAAGAACUAGACCAUUAAUAUUAUCCAUUGGCACAAAAUGCAAUGCGAUAUCUAAAUAGUUUCAGGGUAACUUGUGCUUGAUGGACAUCACACACAAUAGCAGUGACAAUAAAACAUUAAAGCGUUGGUUUUUCAUCGACAAAAGAGUUGGUUAAGCCAAAGAUACAUCAUAAUAUUGCGCACAAACUUUUUUUCAUACUUCUGUUCAUACAUAGUUACAUACCCUUUAGGUAGUCUAAUUAGGUGAAAUGGAUUUGAAGCCUUCUCAUGCUUCUCCAAUUCGUAGCGAUCCUGUUCCUACCAACAAGUCAAGGCUUGGAAUCCAUUCUAGUUUGUUAGCUUGUUCACAGCAAGAUUCACCACCACUCUCUCCAGGGAAGUACUCGAAAUCCAAUUCAAAGAAAAAUAUGGGAAGUCUUGAUGAUGUUAGGUCUAACGGUUGGUUGGAUGCAAUGAAAGCAUCUUCACCUCCAAGGAAAAAGUCUAUACUUAAAGGUUCGAGUGCUCAAGUUGCUUCAUUUGACUACGACGUUGAGGAUUAUAAUUUAUGGAUGCAAGGAUAUCCUUCAGCACUAGAAGCUUUUGAGAAAAUCAUCGACUGUGCAAAGGAUAAGAAGAUUGCAAUGUUUCUUGAUUAUGAUGGCACACUUUCACCUAUAGUAGAGGAUCCAGAUAGUGCUUUCAUGUCUGAACCUAUGCGAAAAACUGUGAGAAAAGUGGCAAAGUAUUUCCCAACAGCAAUCAUUAGUGGAAGAAGUCGUGAUAAGGUUUUUGAUUUAGUUAAACUAACAGAACUCUACUACGCCGGUAGUCAUGGGAUGGACAUUAUUGGCCCUGUUAGUGACACUCUGUCCAUAAACCAUCCAAAUUGUGUUAAGUCUACUGACCAUGAGGGAAAGGAGAUAACUCUCUUUCAGCCGGCAAGAGAAUUCCUUCCUAUGAUCGAUGAGGUUUUUAAAACCCUCAUUGAGAUUACUAAAGAUAUUGAAGGCGCAAAAGUUGAAAAUCACAAGUUUUGCGCUUCUGUACAUUACCGUAACGUAGAAGAGAAUAAUUGGACAAUGAUCGGGCAACGUGUCCAUGAUAUGUUAAAAAAUUACCCUCGUUUACGUUCAACUCAUGGACGGAAGGUUUUAGAAAUUCGUCCUGUAAUUGACUGGAACAAAGGAAAAGCUGUUGAAUUUUUACUUGAAUCACUAGGCUUAACUGAUAGAAAUGAUGUACUUCCCAUAUACAUUGGAGAUGAUAAAACUGAUGAAGAUGCAUUUAAGGUACUGAGGGAGAGCAAUAUAGGUUAUGGGAUAUUGGUUUCAUCAGUGGGAAAAGAAAGCAAUGCUUUUUACUCUCUCAGAGACACCAAUGAGGUUAUGAAAUUUCUCCAACUCUUGGUGAAUUGGAAGAGGGAGGAAGAAAGAGAGCAUGGGAAGAAAUAAAUCUCAUAUAGUUGCUAUAUAUUAUGCAUAUUGGAUUUUUUGUAAUUGAUUAUUUCCUUCAGUUUCAUUUAUUCUAAAACGUUUUUUUAACAACUUUCUAAUAAAGUAAUCAUAAAUGAAAGCAAUUGGGUUCUAGUA